CGAAGUUUUGGUUCUAAUUUCUAAACAGCAAAAGCUGACGAGAAGAAACUACCACCAAACAAGCAAAAACAAUCCCCCAACCCAGAGAAAAGGAAAAGCGAAGGAAAACCCACUCCCGUGAUUAUCCCAAUUCCUCUUCUCAAAUUCUCAAAUCUUGGCAUUUCGGUGGGUUCUGAUUCUAUUUGAUACUGGGUUUUCACAGUGAUUGGGAUGAGCGAAUAGUUGAAUUGGGAUUCUCAUAAGUUUUGUCUUGGAAAUUUUAAGGAUAAAGGACUUAAGUAAAGGGGAAUUAGGACAUUCAACAUGGCUGGUAAUGCUGCAGCUUGUGCUGAGAGGGCAACAAGUGAUAUGUUGAUUGGUCCAGACUGGGCAAUAAAUAUCGAAUUAUGCGAUAUCAUCAAUGUGGAGCCUGGGCAAGCAAAAGAUGCCUUGAAGAUACUUAAGAAGCGCCUGGGCAGCAAAAAUCCAAAAAUACAACUCCUGGCUCUUUUUGCAUUGGAGACUGUGAGCAAGAACUGUGGUGAGAAUGUUUUUCAGCAGAUCGUUGAGCGUGAUAUCUUGCAUGAAAUGGUCAAAAUAGUAAAGAAGAAGCCGGACUUGAAUGUUAGGGAAAAGAUACUACUUCUGAUAGAUACAUGGCAAGAAGCUUUUGGGGGACCAAGGGGAAGAUUUCCCCAGUACCAUGCAGCAUAUAAUGAAUUGAGGGCUGCUGGAGUUGAAUUUCCACCAAGAGAAGAGAACAGUGUACCAAUAUUUACUCCACCCCAGACCCAGCCAGUCGUUUCCCCUGUUACAUCAUAUGAUGAUGCUGCCAUUCAGGCUUCUCUCCAGUCGGAUGCAUCUGGCCUUAGGUACUAGCUGAGAAUAUCGUUUCCUUGGAAACAUACAUUUUUUGGGCCUUUUCAGUAUGAUAUUUAU